AUGCACUUAGUUGCAUACCGCCAUCAUAUGAAUGUUCAAGGAACCAACGAAGCCACUUGGUGCAAAUAUUUCCCGGCCACUCUCAAAGGAGUAGCGUCUAAGUGGUUUGAGCGAUUGCCCCCAGGGUCAAUUGCCUCUUUCAACGAACUGCAAACUCUGUUCUCCACUAGGUUCAUGGCACACAAGGAAGAAAGGAAAACAAGUAUGCACUUGGGACGAAUUCAACAGGGGAAAGAUGAAUCACUAAGAAGCUAUGUGAAACGUUUCAACCUAGAGGCCAGACAGAUCCCAGAUUUGCCUGACGACGUCUCCUUCGAUAAUUUUAUCAGGGGAUUGAAGAAGGGAUCCUUUAAGUUUGACCUAGUCAAGAAAAUUUUGCGGACUAUGGCCGAAGAUUUGGACGAGGCCGAAGCAUUUAUCCAUGCAACAGAAAUAUGCAGCUUGUCAAAAGAUGGAAGGACUGGAGAAGCAACAGAUUCCUCAGGGAAGAAAGACAAAAUAGACCGAAAAGCCCCACGAGUAAAUGGUACUUGGGCACUCUCAAAAGAGCAUGAUACCAAUUCUCCUGGACACAAGAGAGAACGUCCACAAGAAAGGGAAUACUUCGAGUAUAACACAGAUCUCCUCACGAUACUGAAAGACGUCGGAACCAGGUUUGACCUUGAACGACCUUUCCCCAUGAAGUCUCCUGCUGAGAGUCGAGACCCUAAGUUGUAUUGCCACUUCCAUGAAGACAUAGGGUAUGAAACCAAGAACUGUAGAAUCUUGAAGAGAGCUCUAGACGGCCUAGCCUCUAAAGGACACCUCAAGAACUACUUACAGAGGAAUGCUCACGGCUCUGGAAAAAACCAGUACAAAAAGAACAAGUCACUUGUCUCACCUACAGAGGGAAAUCACAGCGAAGGAGGGAUCGAGGUAUGUGAGUCGGAUGGUGGACGAAUAGCCACUCCGCAUGAUGAUCCUCUUGUGGUCGAGUUCAAAAUAUCCAAUAUGAGGGUGAAGCGCAUCCUAAUAGACACGGGGAGCUCGUCAGACAUAAUGAGCGCGGAAUGCCUCAACCGCCUAGCACAUGACCCCAAAACUAUGGAUAGAAUACACUAUCCCAUCAUUGGUUUUGGAGGAAGCAUUAUACAUCCUGUAGGCGUCAUCACUUUGCCGGUUCGAAUUGGGGAUAGAAAAAAUGGACGAAAGAUGGAAGUGAACUUCCUAAUUGUUAAGGACUUGACAGCAUACAACGUCAUCUUGGGACGACCCACCCUGAACAAGAUUAAAGCAGUAGUCGUUACUCAUCUGAUGCUUUUGAAGUUUGUAUGUGAUGAUGGGGCAAUAGGAACCAUACAUGGAGACCAACAACAAGCAAGAGACUGUUACCUCACCACCCUCAACCCGUCAGCGUGGAGCGUGGAAGAAAGAUUCGACCGAAGCCAGAAGCAAAAGAAAGCAUGA